UCCACAGAAGUACCAUAAAUUCAUGUUUAAUCAUCAUAAGAAAUUCAUAAGAAAUAGUACGUUAUUAGUUUCUUCGAACAGUCAAAAAAUUAAUAAGUUGACUGGACUAGACUGUGUUUAAUUCUCCACAUGGCCCCUAUUACAGAGAAUGUUCGGUUCUUGAGUGUGAAGUUCGAAAAUGGAGGAAUCUGGGACCUCAUACGCUUCGGCGUAUGGGGAGAUAAAGAAAGUGGUGCUAAGUUUCUUGAAUAUUCUAGUACCGGUGAUCAUGUAGUUGAAGAAGAAGAAGAGUUACUGCGCGACGACGAUGAGGUGGCAGAUCAUAGAUGGGUUAUAUUUGUGUCGAUUUUAGUGAGGAAGAUAUUGAAGGUUUUUGGCAAGCCAAUGGAACGGACUGGCUUUUUUCUGGAGUUUAUGCUGAAUCUCUUCUCUCUCAAUGGCAGCAGCUUUCUUGGCUUACUUUACAAUAUCUGGCAUGGAAAGCUGAUUAUACCACAGAGAGGUUCUGAAACUUUCAUAAGUAGUAUUGGCCAUGUAGAUGGGCGCAUAAACUUAUACAAGACUGAAAUUUUAACCAAGGAAAUUGAUCAACCUGAUUUCGGACACAGACCUCUUAUGGACCUAUGUAUGAUGGCUUCAAAGUUGGCCUAUGAGAAUGAAAAAGUUGUUAGGGAUGUUGUAAAUCUUCACUGGAAGAUGCAUUUCGUUGAUUUUUACAACUGCUGGAAUGAUUACCAGAAAGAGAGGUCCACACAAGUAUUUAUAUUAUGCGAUAAGCCAAAAGAUGCAAACUUGAUUUUGAUCAGCUUUAGAGGUACAGAGCCAUUUGAUGCUGAUGAUUGGAUCACUGAUUUUGACUACUCUUGGUAUGAGAUUCCGAAAUUGGGAAAAGUACACAUGGGAUUUUUAGAGGCUUUAGGUUUAGGAAACAGAGGAAAUACGUCCACGUUUCACGAACAACUCUUCGUUAAAAAUGCAAAAUAUACCAAUUCAGAGAAUGUUGAUCCAAACAGUGGAUCAGACCAAUCCUCCUCCGACUCAGAGCAGUCGCCAAACAAGACCGCUUACUAUGCUGUUAGAAACAAACUCAAAAGUUUAUUAAAGGAGCACGAGAAUGCUAAAUUUGUCGUUACAGGUCAUAGCUUAGGAGGAGCGUUGGCUAUACUAUUUCCUACGAUGCUAGUGAUGCACGAGGAAGUGAAAGUCAUGCAACGAUUAUUGGGUGUAUACACGUACGGGCAACCUAGGAUCGGGAAUAGGCAGUUAGGGAAGUUUAUGGAAGCACAUUUGGAACAUCCAGUGCCUAAGUACUUUAGAGUUGUUUAUUGCAAUGAUCUUGUUCCGAGGUUACCUUAUGAUGAUAAAACAUUCCUGUAUAAGCAUUUUGGUAUUUGCAUGUAUUACAACAGCUUAUACAUUGAGCAGAAAGUAGAUGAAGAACCAAACAGGAACUUUUUUGGGCUGCGAUUCGUGUUACCAGUGUAUCUGAAUGCUGGUUGGGAGUUCAUUAGAAGCUUCACCAAUGGUUACAUAUAUGGAUCAGAGUACAAGGAGAGUUGGGAUUCAGUACUGCUUCGGUUUGUAGGCCUUUUUGUUCCAGGCAUUUCUGCUCACAGUCCAGUUGAUUAUGUGAACUCCAUAAGACUUGGAAGGGAGAGAAGUAUUCAAAUGUCAUCCUUUUAGAAAUUACUAUUACUUGAUGGAAAUGAAUCGAUAAGGUUGAUUUUAUUAUGAGUUUUGUACUGCAGCACUAGUAUCAAAUGUUGUUGAUUUUGAAGGUCUCUUUUAGCAUUUAUGUCUUGAAAAUAAACUCAUUAGAGUUUUUGUUAUCUUGAAUAAUGUUAUAUGUUAAUAAGGUAGGAGUACGGUCUUUGUAAUCACUACCCAUCCUAGACCCCACAUGUGGGAAUA